AUGACUGAGUCGCCUCCAUGGACGCACUUGGUUCGUUUUACUCACAAUGGUGUUCCGACAUUUGCCCAGCUUGUCGCACCUAAGGAGGAUGGUGAUCUAGACGAACAAUUCGAGGUCGAGAUCGCUACGGGUGAUCCGGUCUACAAUAACAUCAAGUUAACGGGCGAGAAAGUAACAGUGGGGCGGAACACCCUGUUAGCGCCUUUCGCGACGGUACCCAUGGUCAUCAAUACCGGUCUCAACUACAAGGAUCAUGUGAACGAGUCCCUGUUCUACAGCGCCCCUGAUCUCAUGCCCAACAUUCCGUAUAUCUUCUUCCGACCUCCAACGUCUCUUGCGCCACCAUAUCCCGCUCUCUUGCGCACAUACAAGGUGCAGCAAGAGUGUCUCGACUAUGAAGGCGAGCUCGUUUUCCAGACAGGCUCGCGGCCUUUGAAGGAUAUCUCCGUUGAAGAAGCGAAGAAGCAUAUUGUGGGCUUCACUGCAGGCUGCGACUUCUCUCCACGUCCGGGAAAGGUUCUGGGACGCAUGAACUACAUCUUCUCCAAGGCGUUCGAUGACUGGACCCCCGUUGGCCCAGUCCUCGUUCAUCCGAGUGUGGUUGGAGUUCUGCCGGAGUUGGAUCUGACCACAAAGUGGAACGGGAAGGUGGUCCAGAGCGACAAUACCCGUAACAUGAUCUUCAGUGUUGCUCAAAUAUUAUCCUCGAUGUCGACUGGAACGACUGUCCAGCCUGGCACGGUUGUCUUCUCCGGUACUUGCGGCGGAGGCGCUUGGUUCAUCAAUGAGGGUAAAGCCGGAACUGGUAUUAACGACGGCGAUGAGGUGGAGGUGGGGAUUGAAAAAAUCGGCAAAGUUCGCGCCUACCCACGUUUCGAUAAAUAG